AUGUCAACCCCUUCAAUAUUGUUCAUAAUUCCCUUUCUCUCCCUUUUCCUUCUCUUACCCUUACUCCUUCAAGCUCAUGAAACACCUUCUCUUUCUCCUCCUCCUUCUAGUUCUAGUUCUAGUUCUUCCUCCAAUGCAUGCAAAUCAACACUAUACCCUAAACUAUGUCGUUCGAUUCUCUCCUCGAUCCGUUCCUCUCCGACCGAUCCCUACCACUUAGGAAAAUUCUCAAUAAAACAAAGCCUAAAACAAGCCAAAAAACUAUCCAAAGUAUUCAAAGACUUUCUCAAAAAACACCACCAAUCAUCUUCUCUAAGCCACGCCGAGUUCGCGGCACUAGACGAUUGUCGCGAACUAAACCAACUUAAUGUAGACUACUUAGAGUUAGUACAAGAUGAACUAAAAUCAGCUGAUUCAUCAUCUUUCAAUAACACAGAUGUGUUGGUGGAAAAAGUUGAAACUUAUCUCAGUGCUGUGGCUACAAAUCAUUAUACUUGUUAUGACGGUUUGGUUGUGACGAAAAGUAACAUUGCUAAUUCAUUUGCUCUUCCUUUGAGUAAUGUUACGCAAUUGUAUAGUGUUUCACUUGGGUUGGCUCUGCAGGCUUUAAAUAGAAACAUUAAGAAACGUAAGACUCGUAAACAUGGUCUUCCUACUAAGGCUUUUAAGGUCAGACAGCCACUUCAAAAGCUCAUUAAGCUUCUUAGAACAAAAUUCAGUUGCAACAAAUCACCCAACUGUACAAGAACCGAAAGGAUUCUACAAGAAAGCGAAAACAAAGGAAUUCUACUCAAAGAAUAUGUUAUAGUGAGUCUUGAUGGAACAGAAAAUUUUACUUCAAUUGGAGAAGCUAUUGAUGCUACACCUGAUCAUCUAAAGCCAGAAGAUGGCUAUUUUCUUAUCUAUGCCAAACAAGGAUUAUAUCAAGAGUAUCUCACUGUUCCAAAAAGUAAGAAGAAUAUCUUACUCAUUGGUGAUGGUAUCAACAACACUUGUAUCACAGGAAAUCAUAGUGUUGUUGAUGGUUGGACAACUUUUAAUUCUUCAACCUUUGCUGUGUCUGGAGAGAGAUUUAUAGCAGUGGACAUAACAUUCAGAAACACAGCAGGACCUGAAAAGCAUCAAGCUGUAGCAGUGAGAAACAACGCAGAUCUUUCGAUAUUCUACCGAUGCAGUUUUGAAGGAUACCAAGACACACUCUAUGUUCACUCACUAAGACAAUUCUAUAGAGAAUGCGAUAUCUAUGGCACAGUUGAUUUCAUUUUCGGAAACGCGGCUGCAGUACUUCAAAGUUGUAACAUCUACCCAAGAAAACCAAUGCGAAAUCAGAAAAAUGUUGUAACAGCACAAGGAAGAACUGAUCCAAAUCAAAACACAGGAAUAUCAAUACAAAAUUGUAGGAUUGAUGCGGCGCCAGACUUAGCGGAAGAUAUGAAUUCUACCAAGAAUUACUUGGGAAGACCAUGGAAAGUUUAUUCAAGGACUGUUUAUUUGCAGUCAUAUAUUGGUGAUUUGAUUCAACCUUCUGGAUGGUUAGAGUGGAAUGGAACAGUUGGAUUGGAUACACUUUUUUAUGGUGAGUUUGAUAAUCAUGGACCUGGUUCUAUUACUCACAAUAGGGUUCAAUGGCAUGGUUAUAAUUUGUUGACUCCUAAUCAAGCUUGGAAUUUCACUGUCUUUAAUUUUACUUUGGGGAAUACUUGGCUUCCUGAUACAGAUGUACCUUACAAUGAAGGACUAAAAUUAAAUAAUUGA